AUGGAUGCAUUGGGCUCUUCCGACAGCAUAUUCAAGGGAUCGAAGAGACUUGAGGAGGAGAGUAUCCUGGCUAUGGAAAUCCUAGGUCUGGAGGAAGCCCUGGUUCCGACUGAGCUCCCAGAGGGUCCCGCUCAACCAAGCCCUAGAGACGGUACACUACAUGAAGCGGAUGCAAAGAUAUUUGCAGGUGUCGACUCAUUUUCCUUGCCGCUUUCCCGUUCCGGGCGACUCAACACCGAGCUGAAUCCUGGAACUCUGCGCCAGCCACCAGCUCAUGUGACUUCACCACGCAGUGCUAGUUCCAACUGUUCCAUAAGUUCAGAGAGCUCAGUCAUCAUCAUAGGUGAUGCAUUUUUGGCACCUACUAAGCUCAAGUCGUAUCUAGAAAGGAAUCCAAACGUCACAAACUCGGCAGAUCUUCUUUCCACACCACCAGUCUCGCCUGCGAGGCGUGUGGACAUAACUCGGCCUCCUCCAACACCUCCUGUACAACCCCAGACCAACGAGCCACAUUCCCCGGUUGCAGGAACUCCUAAGGGUUCUGGGGAAUCUAGUCCGGUGUUCCAGAGAUUUCCUGGAGGCACUCCCAAAGCGAGUAUUGGGGGAGCAAAAGGCUCGUACG